GCUCAAGGUUCAUGGUAGAAGAAAGAGAACCUUCCACGUCACCUCUGCCGUAAAUUGAAAGACUAUGCAGAAGGGGAGUCCCCGGGUGGUACAAACAGUUAACAUGCUUGGUUGCUAAUGGAAAGGUUGGAGGUUCAAGAUGACCCAGAGGCUCUUCAAAAGAAAGGCCUCGUGAUUUAUACUUGAAAAAUUUGCCAGUGAAAAUACUAUGGAGAACAGUUCUGCUCUGACACAUGUGGGUCACCAUAAGUCAAUUCACUUGAUGACACCUAACAACAAAAACAAAUGCAGGGAUGUUGGACACAUUUGGGGAAGGACAGAGAUGAAGGAUAUGGGAAAUUGGGGUGGGAGGGCAACUGGCCUGGGGAGCCAGAAUCAGGUGGCCGGUUUGAAGGAUGAAGAGUGUCAGCAAAGGAUUCCCCCCACCUCCGUGGUCCCAGCAGUAGCCCAGAUUAAGAGAUGUGGGUUGCCCUGGGCAGGUGUACAUGAAGCAAUGUUUAGGAAUCUGAGCUAUCUGGGGAGAUGGGUAGAUAGGUGCCUUCUAUUCCAACAGGAUGGGGAGUGGUACCCUGAAGUCAGAAGGCCAGGAGGCCAGGGGGCGUUUGCCUUCUUGAGGGAAAGGAUUGGACAUUUGAGUGUUACCCUAGAUCCAGGAUCCAAUCAAUAGGAACAGCUCGUGCCCUACACGGAAAUAUAAGGAGGUGCAGAGAAGCAGGGAUAGCGGGAUAGAGAUAGAAGGAGACAGAGACGGUGGCGAUAGAGCUGUAGGUGGAGACACAGUGCAUCCUGUGUGAGCUGAGCCUCCAGCUGCCAUCCACACCAUCCUGAUCAUGGCACCUUUCUACUGGCUUCCAGGAAUCCUGUCACUGCUGCUUGUUCUGCACUGGGAAUAUGGGGCGGGGAACCCCCUUCCCAACACUCCUGACAAGGCCACCUGCAUCACUGACCACCCAUGUGCCAGCAACCUCAUGACCCAGAUCAAGAACCAACUGGAACAGCUCAACAGUAGCGCCAACACCCUCCUUGUUCUCUACUAUACUGCUCAGGGUGAGCCAUUCCAUAAAGAAGAGGGCAAGCUGUGUGGUGGCCAGAACUUGACAAAUUUCCCACCCUUCCACACCAACGGCACAGAGAAGGACAAGCUGGUAGAGAUCUACCAAAUCAUUGCCUACUUUAACACCUCCCUGGGUAGCAUCAUACAGGACCAGAAAACCCUCAACCCCGAAGACCGGAACCUCCACAGCCAGCUGGACUCCAUAGUGGACACCCUGGAGGGGCUCCUCAGCAAUGUGUUCUGCCACCUGUGCAAUGAGUACCAAGUGGGCCAAGUGGAUGUGUAUUACAGCCCCUACACCUCAGCCAAAGACAUCUUCAAGAAGAAGAAGCUGGGCUGUCAACUGCUGGGGAAGUAUGAGCAGGUCAUUGCUGAGCUGGCCCAGGACUUCUAG